AGGAGGCAGAGGAGAGGGGCUGCCUCUGUCUCUCUGCCUGCCUGCGCUGGAGCGGCAGCCCUUGCCAGCCUGCAGCGUGGAAGUUAGAGCCUCUGUUUCUCUCCCACCACCACCACCCGCCUCGGCCCACCGCAUGUCAAGCCUGCAGCGACCCCCGGCUGCUUCGGCCCAGGCCCCACCGGUUUCAUUAAGCGUGGAGCAGGCGAAAGUGGUUUUGGCGGAAGUGAUCAAGGCAUUUGGAUCUCCGGAAAAUGCUCAGCGCCUGGAGGAAGCCAGGGACAAUGCCUGCAAUGACAUGGGGAAGAUGCUUCAGUUCCUGCUUCCUGUGGCUACCCAGAUACAACAGGAUGUGAUCAAAGCUUAUGGUUUCAGUAACGAUGGGGAAGGAGUCCUAAAGUUUGCCAGAUUGAUAAAAUCAUACGAGUCACAGGAUCCUGAAAUUGCAAGCAUGUCUGGGAAGCUGAAGUCUAUGUUUCUGCCUCCAAUGACUCUACCUCCCCAUGGAGCUGGGACAGGAGGCGCAGUUGCCACAUCAUGAAGCAGGCUGCCUGUAGUGGGAUCUGUAUUAUUUUUAUGCUUCCACAUCAGUCUUAAC